UGAGGAGCGAAGCUAGUGACCAGUUGCCUAGAGACACUUGCUUCCGUUUACCGGAUGCCCUGUGCUAGUGGUGGGAUAGCCCUUGGCAGAGUAGGAGCUGCCAGGCACCCCAGGCCACUGCUGUGUGCAGAGCAGCCUUGUGGACACCAGAGCCUACCUCUUCCUUGGCCUUUAGAACCCGCACAGAUAAACCUAUCCAUGCUUUGAAACCAACAUCCACGGAGCCAUCAAAUCAAUCAUCAGAUAUUUGUACAUAUAAAGUAAAAUCAUAGGUCUCCCAAAGGCAAUGGAGAAAGAAAAGAAAAAAACAGACAAAAAAGGAGAUAAGUCGACCCGUUCUCCCUCCUCUCUCUCUGAUUAUCCAGACUUUUCCAAGCAAGAUGGCAGCGCUAUUAAACAAGAGCUGCCCUCAGCAGGUACCAGCUUGCCAUUGGAAGCGCCAUCCACCCCACCAGUCCUCAAAAGAGAGUCACAAAGUAUUCCUGAGGCUGAAGAUACCACUCAGUUCGAAGAGCCUGUUCUGACCAAGCUCAUAGUGGAAAGGUACGAAGGGGAGAAAGUCCGAGGGCUGUACGAGGGAGAAGGUUUUGCCCAGUUUCAAGGUGGUGCCACCUACCGUGGAAUGUUCUCAGAAGGCCUCAUGCACGGCCGAGGGACUUAUAUUUGGGCCGAUGGAGUGAAGUAUGAGGGGGACUUUGUGAAGAAUAUCCCCAUGAACCACGGUGUGUACACGUGGCUGGAUGGCAGCACGUAUGAAGGUGAAGUGAUCAACGGCAUCAGGAAUGGAUUCGGUAUAUUCAAGUUCAGCGAGAAGCCCGUGUCCUACAUGGGCUACUGGUGUGAUGGCAAGAAACAUGGCAAGGGCACCGUUUAUUACAAUCAAGAGGGCACCUCAUGGUACGAGGGAGACUGGGUGCACAAUGUGAAGAAGGGCUGGGGGAUCAGACGUUACAAAUCUGGAAACAUCUACGAAGGCCAGUGGGAGGACAACCUGCGACAUGGGGAGGGCAGGAUGCGAUGGCUGACCACCAAUGAGGAGUACAUGGGCCACUGGGACAGGGGGGUGCAGAAUGGAUUUGGAAAAUACACAUGGUUUCAAAAGAGAAUCCCCAAUUCCCAAUACACCAUGAGGAAUGAGUACGUCGGGGAAUUUGUGGAUGGGUGUCGCCAUGGGCCAGGGAAGUUUUACUAUGCCAGUGGAGCCAUUUUCGAGGGCGAGUGGAUUUGCAAUAAGAAGCAUGGCGCGGGCAAGCUGACACUCAAGAACGGCCAUGUGUUUGAAGGCGUGUUUUGCAAUGACCACAUUGCUCAGAUUCCAGAUUUCAGUGCUGAAUUUCUGCCUUACCUGGAGCCAUCCUUCAGCAAGGCCCCAGACAGCAAGGUGCAGGGUGCCUCCUCUGCCACUGGAAGCUUCCGGGAGCCCAGAAAGCCUUCCACACCCACCACCCGUCAUGACCGCCUCGUGUGCCUGCCUCGCUUGCUAGAGAUGACCAAGAACCUGGACGACAGAGAGAGCCCUUCUGUGUUAGGAUCGGGCAUUGAACUGGAGCUCACAUGGCUACUGAAUAUGUACCCUAAGGAGGCCCAGGCUGAAGAAAAGCUCCAGGUGGAAUAUGCCAUCUUAAGAAACAUUACGGAGUUAAGAAGAAUCUAUUACUUCUACAGCAGCCUGGGGUGUGACCACUCUCUGGAUAAUACCUUCCUGAUGACGCAGCUCCGCUUCUGGAGAUUUCUAAAGGACUGCAAGUUCCAUCACCACAAUAUCACCAUUGCUGAGAUGGAUAGGGUCUUAAGCACAUGUAACAGUAUCCCCGUGGAAGAGAUUCACUCUCCAUUCCAAACGAUUCUUCUGAGAAACUUUUUGAGUUACCUCCUGCAGCUGGCUUACCACAUUCAUCACAAAGAAUACCAAAACAGAAGCCCAUCACUAUCUCUGUGCUUUACCAAACUGAUGGCUGAGAACAUUCGCCCCAAUGCCUGCCAGGUAAGAGGAAACUUAUUCAGUGAGCAACAGCGGACACUGUACUCCAUGAAUUACAUCGAUAAGUGCUGGGAGAUUUACAUAGCUUACUGCAGACCAAACAGAGCUCAGCACUGCGAGCUUACAAUGAAGAUGAGGUACUUCCUCUGGAUGCUGAAUGACUUCAGAAUGAUAAAUAAAGAAUUAACAGCAACCAGGUUUAUGCUUGUAAUAGCUGAGGACAACCCCUUUGUGCAUGAUGGAAUUGACAGCAACUUUGAAUUUGAGUUGGUUUUCCUGGAAUUCUUUGAAGCUCUCUUGUGCUUUGCGCUUAACUGUAUUCCUGACCAACUGACUGAGUCCUGUAUAAACCUGCCCGGCACUGAUUUGCUUGGAAACAAACACGUGAGCAUUUACACGAUAAUAAGCCAGAAUGUCCUCAGAAGCACCAGCGCCAUCAUCAGCCAUGAAUCCGACAUGGUUCACUUCAGCAGUAAGUCAUCUUCAAGCAAGUUGGGAGUCCUGCCGGAUGGCAAAAUCAAAAGAUCUGAGCACAGGAUCAAGAAGUCUAUGAGUGAAGACAGAAGUUCCAAAAUGAAUCUUAAACCCACAGGCAAAGGGCUGAUGUUUAUGGCUCAGAAUGAGAAACCUGAGAAAAGCCUGGGCGAGCAGAAGGAGAAGGUGAAUAUAUGGGUCAGCAAGCUGUACAUGUUCUUCGUGAACAGGCUCUUCCAUGCCUAUAAGCGCGAGGAAGUCAUCAAAGAGAAGGUGAAAGAAAAGCAGCGGCAGGACGCCAUAUUGGCCCAGCAAAGGAAAGCGGAAGAGGAGGAGCUGGAAGCAAGGCUGAUCAUCUUAAGGAAGGAGGAGACGAAGAAAAAGGAGUCCCCCACUGAACUCCCUGAGGUGGAGGAGCCCGUGGACACGCUGCCUGUGCUCCCACUGCUCAUGCUUGGCUCCCCCAAAGAGGACAGGGCCAUGUCCCAAGUCGGCAGGAUUGGCCGGACCAAGAAGAAGAAGAAGUAGAGGCAGCAGAAGCACACAGGGCCCCACGUCCACACAGCAAAGCUCACGUCCCCAAGCCCUCCACCCUGCCUACCACAUCC